AUGGUUUUACGAUUCCGUGACAUCAAUGUGGAUAAUUUGAGCCGAAAUGACAUCAGUUAUGUGGUCGCGGGACAGACCUUUCAUACGGAUAACUCGAAUAUAGCGCGCGAUUCGGUCUUAACGGCCGGUUUUGAUGUCAGCAAAACUGGUGCCCAUUCAGUGACAAUGGCCUGCAUUAGUGCCAAUCAGGCCAUCACUUCUGUGGCCUCUUUGAUCGCCACCAAUGAAAUCGAUUGCGGCAUCGGUUGUGGUGUCGACACAUUGUCUGAUCCGCCAAUUCGUGUGACCCGUGCUCUCAGGCGAUGGCUCUUAGACAUGAAUAAAGUUAAGGGAAAUUCCAAGAGAAUAGGAAUGCUUUUCAAACUGAGACCUUCGAUGGCGUUUGGCUUCGAGGCGCCGCCAAUCGCUGAGUUUACCACAAACGAGACAAUGGGUCAGUCGUGCGAUCGGGUGACCAAAGCAUUCAAUGUCUCGCGCGAAGAACAGGACAAGUUUGGCGUCCGAUCCCAUGAAAUGGCAGAUAAGGCACAAAAGGCUGGUCUCCUGUCAGACGUGGCGCCGAUGUUAGUGCCGAAAGUUGGUCUUGUAGACAAAGACAAUGGGAUCCGUUUGACUACCUAUGAAAAGAUAGCUCAGUUGAAGCCGGCGUUCACGAAGACGGGAACCGCCACGGCUUCCAACUCUUCAUACCUGACAGACGGCGCCUCCGCUACUGUUCUCAUGUCCGAAGCGAAGGCCAAGAAAUUGGGUUUAAAGCCGCAGAUUGUGAUCAAAGACUACACGUACGCCGCCAUCGAUCCCAAAGAGCACCUGCUGUUAGGUCCGGCCCACGCGACCACUAAACUGCUUAAGAAGAAUAAUCUGACGCUAAGAGACAUCGAUGUCUUCGAAGUGCACGAAGCCUUCAGCGGACAAGUGUUGGCUAAUCUCAAGGCAAUGGAUUCAGAGGAAUACUCGCAGACAAAAAUUGGUACAAAAAAGUUGGGUUUAAUACCGAUGGAGAAGCUGAACACAUGGGGCGGUUCCGUGUCGUUGGGACACCCGUUCGGCGCCACCGGUUCCCGACUCGUCAACAUGGCCUCCAAUAGGCUGCUGGCGUCGGGCGGGAAGUACGCACUGAUCACCGCCUGUGCCGGUGGGGCGAUGGGCCACUCCAUGAUCCUCGAGAACUGCUCUUAAAUCUCAAUAAAAGUUUGAAACAUUUUUGUAAUCAUUUUGUAUUUGAGUUAAGUUUUAAAGUGUUGUUAAACUUUUAUAAACUAUUUUUACAUAUACCGUAAUUAUAACUCUGAUAACUUAUCAGUGAUAAAUAUAAAG